AUGGCUGACUUCAAAACACAAGAAGAGUCGCUCAGGUACGAGAAAUUGCUAAAUCGUAUAACAAAUUCCACCCAAUUGGAAAAAUUCAUCAAAGCCAUAGAGAAAACAGAAUCUCAAUUACAGGAGGAUCUAGAUAAUUUUAUAGACUCAAGAACGCAUUUUAAAGAGGAAAGAAAACUAGAAUUAUCCAAGACGGAAUUAUCAACGACACUGAACAACUCGAGUAGUCUUGUUGAUCUUUUGUCAAAUGCGGGUUCAUUAGCUUCAAGGAUCACAGCUAGAGUUAGAUUGUUAGAUGCUGAAAGAUCUCGAGUUAAAGAAACUACAGAUUAUGUGGGUAAUGUAAGAGAGUUGAAAUCAUUAAUAUUGGCCGCAAAUUCAUCAUUAGAAUCACAUGAUUGGGAAAAUGCAGCAAAAGCUAUUGGAAAAAUACGACUAUUACCAAUUGAUGGUGAAUUUAUAAAUAACGUUGUUCCAUCUACAGAUGUUCCAGAUAUUCCAAAAGUCGCAGUGGAGAAGUGGAUUGAAGAUUUAAGUGAUUUGUUUACCAAAGAGUUCAAUAAAGCCGCUGAUUCCAAAGAUGUUGAAAAAUUAACAAAAUUCUUUUCAUUGUUCCCAUUGAUUGGAAAAGAUCAUAUUGGGUUAGAUUGUUAUUCGAAAUUUAUUUGCAAUAUCAUUGCAAGUCAAAGUCGGAUGAUUAUAACAAACCAGUCUCAACAGGAUAAAUUUGGGUUUUAUCCAGCCGCAUUAAUGAAAUUAUUGGAAAUCAUAUCUUCAAUGAUUAAUCAACAUUCUCACAUCAUAGCCAAAGAUUAUGGAAUCAGUCAAAUGGCCGGUAUUAUUGAAAGAGUGGAAAGGGAGGCAGAUUCUCAGGCUGGUUUGAUUAGUGACACUUUUUAUGAUCAAAGAAAUAUUGCAAGAAUCAUUGAUGAAGUACAAUCUUACAAGUUUCCUAUUUUAACAAAUUAUUCAAACACUGCAAAUGCUUCGAGAUCAUCAACACCACCAAGAUCAAGUUUCGAUGGUAAAAGAGUCUCAGAAGAUGGCUUAUCAGUGGUGGAGAUUGGUGAUGUCACAUCUGAGUUUUCAUCAUUUUUGAACUAUUGGUCACUAUAUUGUAGAUUUGUUGCAGUUAAAUGGAAUGAAUAUCAAAAUAUUAAGCAAGAUGAAUUGAAAUUACCGAAACCAAUAUUGGAGAGUAAGUUUGGGAAAAAAAUCCAAUCAAAAUUAUUACCAUCAUUUGAAGUGUUGAUCACUUUUUAUAUUAGAAGAUCCUUGGAACAAGCAUUUCAAAUUGAAGAAUUUCCAGACUUGAAUCCAUACAUCAUAUCUAAAAAAAAUGUUGCUCCAGAAAAUGCACCAGUCUCAUCAGCUAUUGAAGAUUUCAUUUUAGUGUUGAAUACUUCUUUAAGACAAUCAAUUGAAACUGGACAACCCAUAACAGUUAAGAACAUUAUCACCAAUAUCAGAAAGAUCAUGGAGAGUGACUAUCUAUUAACAAUUUAUAAAAGACUUCGGGAAUUCCAACCAAGAGCUGGGACUGUUCUUGCACCUACACAUGGACCUAAUUUAACUCAAAACAGACACCAGCAUCAACAACAACAAUCAAAAGGUAAUACCAUGGGCAGUAUAUUUUCUAGAGGUGCUUCUGCAUUGAACAAUAUUGCAUCGGGUGAUGAAACAAGAUUACACACUUUCAUAAUAUUAUUAAAUACUGUUAAUUUGGGGUCGGUAUAUUUUGACAAGAUUAUUAAACAAAAUAUUUCAUUAUUAGCCAAAAAUUAUCCAUUUGGAACUGAUUCUUCAAAAUUACAAACAAUUAUUGAAAGUUUGAAUGAAACUUUUACUAAAAAAUCAAAUGAUACUAUUGAUGAAUAUAUUGGGAUUUUGUUCAAUCAAGUUUUCAAAAAUAAAUUGAAAAUUUUAUUAACUGAUUGUUUUAAAGAUUCUGAGUAUUUAGUCAGUUCAUAUAAGGAAGAUGAAACUGUUGUUGUUCAAAGAUUCAUCAGUCAAUGGAAUACAUUAAUAACACCAUACCAUAAGACAUUGGAUUCUUCAAUCUUUGAUAAGUUCAUGUUUACAAUUGUCUCAACAUUAUCGAACCUGUUGGAGAGAAAAAUUUGGUCAUUAGACAAUAAUGUUAACGAAUUAGGUUCAAUCAAAUUGGAAAGAGAUUUCAGUGGUAUUAUUGGUGAAAUUACAAGAUCAAGAUAUAACUUGAGGGAUAAAUUCUUAAGAGUUACACAAAUCAUCAUGAUUUUAGGGUUUGAUGAUGAAGAUGAUGAAGUUGAUUUAAAUUGGGUCCUAACACCUUCAGAAAGACAAAGAGCUAGAAAUUUACGUGUCGAUAGAAAAUGA